CAAAACAUCAACAAACAAAAAAAAAAUCUUGAUCUGACUGGUAGGCUUACCUAUAUAAACGCGGUCAGAAAUCCUCAGACAGAUCAAAACAUCAACAAAAACUGAUCAAAACCCAAGUUAGAAAACUAAUGGGUUCAAAGAAAAUCCAAUCAGCUCUUGUUUUCUUGAUCUGGGCAUGGCUAACAUGCCUAUCUUCAAGCCUUCUCGGUCAUGAAAUGGAAAGUUUCCCAUCAGAGAAAGAAGCGGUUGAGCUGUUCCGAAAAUGGACAGAAAAGCACAAAAAGGUUUACCGGCAACCGGAAGAGGAAGAGAGAAGAAAUGAGAAUUUCAAGAGGAAUCUUAAGUACAUAUAUGAGAAGAAUGAUUAUUGGAAGAGAAGGUCGCAGAACGGACACAAGUUGGGGUUGAACAGGUUUGCUGAUAUGAGCAAUGAGGAGUUCAGGAAGGUUUAUUCGUCAAAGAUUGACAAUAAGAGGCGGAGGAAUGUUAUUCCCAGCAGGAGUUUGCGUGGGAAAUUGGGAUCUGUUGAUGCGCCUUUGAGUUUGGAUUGGAGGACAAAAGGAGUUGUUACUGGUGUCAAAGACCAAGGCAAUUGUGGGAGUUGUUGGUCAUUCUCAGCAACGGGUGCCAUGGAAGGAAUAAACGCCAUAGUCACCGGGGACCUCAUAAGCCUUUCGGAGCAAGAACUUGUGGACUGUGAUACCACCGACAGUGGAUGUGACGGAGGCAAUAUGGACGAUGCUUUUGAAUGGGUCAUCAACAAUGGUGGUAUUGAUUCCGAAUCUGAUUACCCCUAUACUGGUCUUGACGGUACUUGUAACACCACCAAGGAGAAAAGGAAAGUUGUUACCAUUGACGGGUAUGAAGAUGUAGGAGAAUCAGAUGCUGACCUUUUGUGCGCCACUGUUCAGCAACCAAUUAGCGUUGCUAUAGAUGGCUCUGCAUGGGAUUUUCAACUUUAUACAGGGGGAAUCUACGAUGGUGAUUGCUCUCACGACCCGAACGACCUUGAUCACGGUGUUCUAAUAGUCGGAUACGGUUCUGAAGGCGGUGAAGAUUAUUGGAUUGUAAAGAAUUCAUGGGGAACUAAUUGGGGAAUGGGGGGAUACAUCUUCAUAAAAAGGAAUACUAAUCUAGAAUAUGGUGUAUGUGCAAUUAAUGCCAUGGCUUCCUAUCCAACCAAGGAAUCUUCUGCACCGUCCCCAUUUAGUCCUCCGUCACCACCUUCACCACCGCGACCACCUCCUCCCUCACCCUCACCAGCGCAAUGUGGAGAUUUCUUCUACUGCGCGAGCGAUGAGACUUGUUGUUGCAUCCUUGAAUUCCCAAAUUUUUGCCUGAUCUACGGUUGUUGUGAAUACGGGAAUGCCAUUUGCUGCAGUGAUACCGAAUACUGCUGCCCCAGUGAUUACCAAAUUUGUGAUGUUGAACAAGGCCUCUGUGUAAAGAAACAAGGAGACUACUUGGGAGUAGCGGCAAAGAAAAGAAAAUUGGCCAAGCCCAAGUUGCCGUGGACUAAAAUAGAAGAAACAGAGAAGAGAAAUCAUACUCUGCAGUGGAAGAGGAAUCCUUUUGCUGCUGCAAUGCGCUGAGAAAAGGAAGACCGGUCACCAGUGUGUUUUAAUAAUUUUUAUGGAGACUAAGCAAAUAUGUUGCAAGAAAAAAAAAAAGAAACUGAAAUAGGAAAGGAUAAAAAUGUGAUCUUUUCACUACUUAAGGUGCAUUUGAUUACAGUG